GAGAGGUCACGGGCUUGCCAGGGGAGGGGCCGCUGGGUCGGGGCUGCGCCCCCCGCCCGCCCGGCACCCCCAAAUCCCUAAUCGCAGCCCGAUCUGCUCUCGCGGCGCAGCCCCGCGGGACGUGGCAAGAGCGGACCUGCAGAGCCUGUUCUGGCCGCGGUGGCCGGGGGGGGCGGGCUGGGCGUGGGGGUGCCGGCGCUGCGGCACCUUUAAGACGAGGGAGGACCCCUCUUGCCCUCGGACAAACCAGGAAGGGAGUCGCGAGCAUCAUACGGGGCUUUGCGUACUGUACGGCUACUGUAGGGGCAGUGACGCCGCCGCCCGCCCGAGCGAGGUCCGCGCCGCGGGCUGCCCCGAUCGCGCGUCCUCCGGGCCCGGGUCCCCGCGAGGUAAGCUGCCUGGGCUGAAGGGGGCCCCGCUCCGGGAGAGGUGUCUCGGAAGAUGGCUGGCGGCGUGGACGGCCCCAUCGGGAUCCCGUUCCCGGACCACAGCAGCGACAUCCUGAGUGGCCUGAAUGAGCAGCGAACUCAGGGGCUGCUGUGCGACGUGGUGAUCCUGGUGGAAGGACGUGAGUUCCCCACGCACCGCUCGGUGCUGGCCGCUUGCAGCCAGUACUUCAAAAAGCUGUUCACGUCGGGAGCUGUAGUGGACCAGCAGAACGUGUACGAGAUUGACUUUGUGAGUGCCGAGGCGCUGACAGCGCUCAUGGACUUCGCCUACACCGCCACACUCACGGUCAGCACGGCCAAUGUGGGCGACAUCCUGAGUGCAGCUCGGCUGCUGGAGAUCCCGGCGGUGAGCAACGUGUGCGCCGACCUGCUAGAUCGCCAGAUUCUGGCGGCUGACGAUGUGGGCGAUGCGGGCCAGCCCGAUGGGGCGGGCCCCACGGACCAGCGCAACUUGCUGCGCGCCAAGGAGUACCUGGAGUUCUUCCGCAGCAACCCCAUGAAUAGCCUGGGCCCUGCUACCUUCCCAUGGUCUGGCUUCGGUGCCCCCGACGACGACCUGGACGCCACCAAGGAGGCAGUGGCUGCCGCUGUGGCUGCUGUGGCUGCAGGAGACUGCAAUGGCUUGGACUUCUAUGGCCCAGGCCCCCCAGCCGAUCGGCCCCCAGCGGGCGAUGGCGACGAGGGCGACAGCACCACGGGGCUGUGGCCUGAGCGGGAUGAAGAUGCCACACCCGGAGGGCUCUUCCCACCGCCUACUGUCCCGCCGGCCACCACGCAGAAUGGUCACUAUGGCCGUGCAGGAGCCGGCACAGGUGAGGAAGAAGUGGCGGCGCUCUCUGAGGCUGCCCCCGAGCCGGGCGACUCCCCGGGCUUCCUGUCAGGCGCUGCAGAGGGCGAGGAUGGGGAUGCAGCUGAUGUGGACGGGCUAGCGGCCAGCACCCUGCUACAGCAGAUGAUGUCAUCGGUGGGCCGGGCGGGGGACAGUGAUGAGGAGUCACGCGCAGACGACAAGGGCGUCAUGGACUACUACCUGAAAUACUUCAGUGGAGCCCACGAAGGUGAUGUGUACCCAGCCUGGUCUCAGAAGGGCGAGAAGAAAAUCCGGGCCAAGGCCUUCCAGAAGUGUCCCAUCUGCGAGAAGGUGAUUCAAGGUGCGGGCAAGCUGCCCCGUCACAUCCGCACGCACACAGGCGAGAAGCCCUACGAGUGUAACAUCUGCAAGGUUCGAUUCACCAGACAGGACAAGCUGAAGGUGCACAUGCGGAAGCACACAGGCGAGAAGCCGUACCUGUGCCAGCAGUGCGGCGCAGCCUUCGCGCACAACUACGACCUGAAGAACCACAUGCGGGUGCAUACAGGGCUGCGGCCCUACCAGUGCGAUAGCUGCUGCAAGACCUUCGUGCGCUCCGACCAUCUGCACAGACACCUCAAGAAGGACGGCUGCAAUGGGGUCCCCUCGCGCCGCGGCCGCAAGCCCCGUGUGCGGGGUGUACCACCCGAUGUCCCCGCUGGGGCUGGCGCGCCCCCCGGGCUCCCAGACGCCCCGCGCAAUGGCCAGGAGAAGCACUUUAAGGACGAGGAGGAGGACGAGGAGGAGGCCAGCCCUGACGGCUCGGGCCGCCUGAAUGUAGCGGGCAGCGGAGGAGACGAUGGUGCAGGUGGCCCGGUGGUGGCCACCGCCGAGGGUAACUUCGCAACCUGACUCGUAUUAAAACAAACCAAAAACAAAACAAAAAAAAAAAAAAACUAAGAACAGAGAGAAACCACCACCCACCCCAGCACCACAAGUAAGCAGUUCUCUGUCCAGACGCCCUCCAUCCAUCCACGCGGACAUGUGUGCGUGCAUAUACCAUGGCCGCGGGCGCCUGCCUUUCUCAGAUCCUUAGGAUGUGGCCCCAUCUGCUCCUGUGCCCCUCGCCCCAUCCACCAAGGGGUCCCACCCAGGGGCCCAGCCUGCUCCUGGCUAAGGCGAGGGUGAUGGGGACCCCAGGACAGGCGUCCGGCUCCUUGCUGGUUGGUUUUAGGAGGUCUUAGACAGACCUUAAAUGCUCUGUCCACUAUGAGUGGACGUUAAAAUGGUCCCCGGCUCCCCACCCUCCUUCCUCAGGGCACUUACUAAAGAGGGGGGUGUCCCCUCGGCCUCCCUCCCCGCCUGUGGCCUCGCAUCUCUGCACAUCCACCCUGGCCACCACUGACAUACAAAUCUAUUUAUUCCCAAACCUGAAUGGCCAGAGCGGGGAUUUGGGGGGCCGCUGGGGUCCCCGCCACCCUCUUUCACGGCACUUACACCUGACGGGGCCCUCAGGGCCACUGCUCAGGGCGACCCCCCAACCUUCCCAUCUCUGCUUGGCCAUGCCCCCACCCCAUGUCCAGAGAUUGAAAAUUGGUCGUCACCCCACGCCCCACUUUUUAAGGCACUUUUUAGAUCUAUUUCCCCUUUUCCUCCUUAAAGACAGUUUAUAUAGAGAUAUAUAUAGAGAGAGAUAUAUAAAAUAUUCUUUUCCUCAGAGGAGCCGGCAGCAGUUUUGGGUGGACGUAGCCAAGAUCAGAGGGAACCCCAGGGACUCAGGCAGAGACAGGCAAGGGAGUGGGAGAGACCACAGCUUAAUGUCACAAAACAGCAAUAAAACUCCAAGAUUUUAGUAAACACGAAGGCAGAACAUUUAAAAAAAAAAUCAGCAAAAGCGGUGACAGCCACGUGGGGAUCUUGGCACUUUGUAACUGAACGGGUACUUUUCAUUCUUAACUUAAGAAAUGUUUACAAGUUGCACCCAGCUUCUAUGAAAAAUUGAAGAGAGAGGGAGAGCAGUGGGAAGUAACUAAGUCAAUUUAUUUUUGUAUAAAAUAAAAAGAACCCCAACCCA